GUCCCAUGCUACGCACUCUCGUCACCCGCAGAGCCUCAACGGCCGAUCCACAAUAUUCAGAGUGACACAACAAGUAACACAAGAUAAAAGGCAUCAAGAUAAAGCCGUCGACUGGGCCGGCGCCGUCGCUUGUAACCUUGUAUGAAUAACGACUUGUCAUUUUUUGUUCUAUCACAUUAAGUACGUGAAUACCCAAAUUGCAACAUGGCAAGCCUCAGUGCAUCUUACGUUGCCUCGGACAACUACAUUCAACGCUUCUGGGAAAAGGAAGCCAUUCGGGAGAAGACCACCUUGGAUGUUCCUGAUGGAUAUCCAAAACAUAUCGACUCUCCUCUCGCAUGGACUGGAGCCGAAGUCCAAGCGAAAGAAUCUGAAUGGAGACUUAACCUAACGCCGGAGGAAAUCGUCGCUAUCAACGAUGCCUUGGCAAAGUUCGAAGCCAAUCAUCAUGACCUUUCAGAGCUGUCUGCAUCAACUUUUGAACUGCCAGUUGCGUUUUCCCAACGCCUGAGAAAGCUCUCCGAUCAAAUAUACAAAGGUGUAGGGUUUCAACUCAUCCAUGGACUUGAUCCUUCCAAUUAUACGCCGAGACAGAGCCUCAUCGUUUAUGCGGGGGUCAGUGCUCACGUUUGCCCCCAGCGAGGGUUUGUUGAUGUGAAAGGCAAAGGUGUGGUUGCACACAUUGUGAAUGUCCAAGCUACAGAAGACGGGCCAAAGACCACAGCGCCUGCAUUUACUGACUCGCCUCUGUCAUUCCACACGGACAACUGUGAAGUCAUGGCUUUCUUCUACAUGGAGCCAGCCCUGAACGGUGGUGAAACGCUCCUCAGCAGCUUGUGGCAAACCUACAAUGAGCUGGCAGCCAACCGACCAGAUGUCUUGCAUACGCUGGCAAGGCCUUGGGUAUUUGACAGUUUCAAGUCCUAUGACUUGCAGCCACCUCGUCAUGUCCAACCCCUUCGGACGCUAGCCUCCGAUAAGGUACCCAUCUUGUUGCGCUUCUCACGAUACGGAAUACUGGGGUGGCAGCGCCAACGCAACCCGGACCUGCCCGCCCCGACGGAGGCCCAAAUCGAGGCCGCGGACGCUAUUCAGUUCAUAUCAAUGAAGAAUGCGUUCAAGCUUCACCCCAAGAAAGGCGACCUCCUCUUCGCCAACGACAUGGCUUUGAUUCACGCUCGCGAGGCAUUUGACGAUGGGAAAGGUGUCAUGAAGAGGCAUCUUAUCAAGAUGCAUUUCAGGGAUCCUGACCAGGGAUGGAGUAUACCUUCGUCCGUCGAAAAUGAGUGGAAAAAUGUAUAUGGCUCAAGUGAGAAUAAAGGGACCAGGGAAGAGACAUGGCAUAUUCUUCACGAGCCUGGAUUGGAGGAAAGCUCGCCGGUCAACGGCUGAUCAGAUGAUGUAUUGCCUAUAUGUCAAAUAUAGUGCCGAAAUUGCUCUUUUGCGGACUAAGUGGUUAAUCUCAUUUCAUUCUCCCGUCUUUCUUGACAGUAAUCACUCACUUGCUGUUCGCAAAGAUGUGGUGCAUCUUUGCUCGUUCUCCUGGCUCGAUCUGCAUGGCCGUUUGAUACAAGUCGUAUACGCUUAUACCCGGUCAUUAUAAAACUUGAUAUCUACCUAGUAGGGAGACAUAUAGAUACUUAGCAAGAUUAGACUCGGAGUUUUCAUUUCCUCGCAUCGGCACUUUCUUCGAGUUUUGCUAAUGCUUGGCCCAUUAAUACGUUAAAAC